CCUGCAAUUAUGGAAUAAAUUGAACAAAGAGAUACAAAUAACUCAAAGUGGAUGUUUUUUAGGUAUGUUGGCCAUAAAUCUGGGUCAACCAAAAACUGCGUUAGAGAUUUUAGAAUCCGCAAAACAAUCACACUUUACACCAGUGUUUGUUCGGCUCAUUGCACUAACCGAUUGUGGCCAUUUUGAAGAGGCAACAAAACUCAUUGAAGAACAGAAAAAUGAUAACCCAAAAUUCGACAUAUACGCUAGCGUGGUUGAAAAGAUUGGAGAAAGUUUAAAGAAGUACCCAACGACGGAAGAGAAGACCAACUUUUCUGAAUUAUUGGAUACCAUUCCAAUAAUUUUUUACAUUUUAUAUACAUUUCGUACAAAUUGUUGACAUCGUCAGGGACCCCCCAUGGAUUUUUCCAGGAACCCCCUAAAAAAAUUUACGUCAUCAUCUAUGAUGUAAAAUUAAAGAAAACAGCACUUAAAAUGUAUUCAGUCUACAAAGUUUUAUUCAUGUUAUGAAAAAAGUCAUAUAAAAAUUUACUAAUUUGAAUUCCAACACAUUUUAAAUAAAUUCAUAAAAAAUCCAUUUUUUGUCCCACAAAAUUUACAAAAAUUUCGAAAAAAACAUGACAUGACAUUGUUCAUGAUGACAAUAUAUAUAUAUAUAUAUAUAUAUAUA